GGCAGUAGCUUCAGAUACAGGAGCCUGAGGGAAGAGAACACUGAAACUGAUGAGGACUGAAGAGGCUUUUGUGGUUCUGAUCGAAUGAACUGACAGCAAUAGGGGUGCACAGCGGGAGAGACAGAGGACAGACGGACACUUCCUCAGCAGCAAUUCAUUUUUACAGACAAGACUGUACUCCUGAUAUAUUUUUGUAGAAAGGACCAGACACUUUGGGAGCAAGCCCAAGUGUUUUUCCAGAAGAGUCUGGAGUUUCCUUCCAGGAGCAGAUUUUGAAUGAAAAGAGAAGAAUCCCAAGAUCCCGCAAUGCUUUUGAGGAACUCUGCACCCAACUCUGUCUGUCUGUUAUGUACCUGGACACUUCGGCAAGCGUAGGACAUAACAGCCUUCCCUAAUUCCCUGUGAGAACCGGCUCAGCACGGAAUUGAAUUGUAUUUAUUCCUUGUUUUUGUUGCAGGUGUUGUACUACCUGCCACUAUGUUUCUUCAGAGGUACUCUUUGACACCAUCAUGGACUUGUUGGUUUGUGGUUUUUUGCAUUUUGGACGUGUGGACCACAGCUUGGCCGGCUCUCCAACAGUCCCAACCUCAGCUCCGCUCAAGGCACGUGCCAUCCUCCUCCUCCUCCCCAGCCGGCAACCUGUCAGAGAGCGCAGAGAACAAAGUGGAGCGCCUGGGCCAGGCCUUCAAGCGGAACGUCCGUGAGCUCCGUGAGAAGAGCUCCUGCCUGGACCUGGUCUUCCUCGUGGAUGAGUCGUCCAGUGUCGGGGCCAACAACUUCCUCAGUGAGCUGAGGUUCGUUCGCAAGAUGCUGUCAGACUUCCCAGUGGCGCCCGAGGACACACGGGUCGCUCUGGUCACCUUCUCAAGCAAGACCCACGUCGUUACCCGGGUCGACCACAUCACAGCACCCAAGGCCCAUCAGCACAAGUGUUCCCUGUUUAACAAGGAGAUCCCGGGCAUCAACUACAGAGGAGGUGGCACCUACACUAAAGGAGCAUUCCAGAGGGCAGCGCAAAUCCUGCGUCACUCUCGUUCUAACGCCAGCAAGGUCAUUUUCCUCAUCACCGAUGGAUACUCCAAUGGCGGGGACCCUCGGCCGGUCGCUGCAGCUCUGAGGGAGCGUGGUGUUGAGAUCUUCACGUUGGGAAUCUGGCAGGGUAACAUCAGAGAGCUGCACGAUAUGGCCUCGCAACCCAAGGAGCAGCACUGCUACCUGGUCCACAACUUUGCAGAAUUUGAGGCCUUGGCGCGUCGGGCACUGCAUGAAGACCUCCCCACAGGCAGCUACAUACAGGAGGAUUUGUCGCAGUGCUCGUCUCUGUGUGAAGCAGGCAGGGACUGCUGCGACGUCAUGGCCAGCUGUAAGUGUGGCACGCACACUGGACAAUACGACUGCAUCUGUGAGAAGGGAUACUACGGCAAAGGGCUGCAGCAUGAGUGCACAGCAUGUCCACCCGGCACCUACAAACCUGAAGCGACUCCCGGAGGCCUUGGCACCUGCCUGCCCUGUCCCGACCAGCAGCACACGUCUCAGCCUGGCAGCACAUCGCUCACCGACUGUGUCUGCAAGCCAGGAUACCAGUCAGUAGGCAUGACCUGCCAAGCCGUGUACUGUCCACCUCUGUAUCCACCUGAAAACGGUUUCUUCAUCCAGAAUGUGUGUAACAAUAACUACGAUGCGGCGUGUGGUGUUCGCUGUCAGCAGGGUUUCGACCUCCAGGGAACCAGCAUCAGACUGUGCCAGGCUGACGGCACCUGGUCAGGGACUCCUGCUGUCUGCAGAGUGCGCUCGUGUCCACCCCUCCCCCGGCCCCAGCAUGGCUUCCUGAGAUGCAGUGACAGUGGGGCGUCCUACAGGGCCGAGUGUCAGGUGGGCUGCGAUCGAGGCUACAGACUGGAGGGGGAUUCCAGACUCACCUGCCAGGCCAACUCCCAGUGGAGUGGACCCCAACCCCGGUGUGUGGAGGUGCGUUGCCCCCCCAUCGUCAACCUGAAGAACAUGUCGCUGUCACCCCCCGUCUGCGGGAAAAGGGCUGUGUCUCCAGGUGCUGCUUGCAUGCUCACCUGUCGCCAAGGUUACAGUCUUCAAGGAAACAGGAGAGCGUUGUGUCUGAGCACUGGCAACUGGAGCGCUAACGUCUAUAAAGCCCACUGCACAGACACUGAACCCCCGUCGAUCCAGUGUCCAGUUGACAUUGUUGCAGAGACAGAUGAGCGCCGGGGUACUGCUAUCGUCAGCUGGAACGUCCCAAAUGCCACUGACAAUUCUAAGGAUGAGGUGUCUGUGCAGGUGAAGCCGGUGUACGCCCCUCCACAGCUGUUUCCUAUCGGAGUAGAAACCAUCACAUACUUUGCCACUGACCGCUCUGGGAAUCAGGCGAACUGCUCCUUCACAGUCACUGUCAUCGAUACCGAGCCCCCGGUGAUUGACAGGUGCAGGUCUCCGCCCACAGUUCACGCUACAGACAGCGAGACGGCAGUCGUUUGGGAAGUGCCGCAGUUUUCCGACAACUCAGGAGGUCGUCUCACAGUAACCAACAGCCACAGUCCCGGCUCCCUGUUCCCAGUCGGAGAGACCCUGGUCCAGUACACCGCCACGGACGCAGCCGGAAACAGCCGAACCUGCAACCUCACCAUCACCGUACAAGGGACGACGUGUGAGCAGCCGUACAUCCCAGUGAAUGGGGAGUUUGUCUGCUCAGAGGAAGAGGAGGGGGUCAACUGUACUCUGCACUGUAAGGAUGGGUACAGCUUCACUCAGGAUGCGGUGCACAGCUACUUCUGUGCAUACAACGGUGUGUGGGAGCCCCCGUACUCUUCAGACAGGCCCGACUGCUCAGUGAACCGUGUAGCAAACAACGGAUUCAAGCCAUUUGAGAUGCUGUUUAAAGCCUCACGCUGUGAUGAUGUGGAUCUGGUCAAGUCGUUUGCUGGAGAGUUCAACACUAAACUGGGAGGCAUGCUCCCGAACCUGUGCAGCUCUGACGACGUGAACUGUAAGCUCGAGGUCAUGUCACAAGGUCACUGUCUGGAGUACAACUAUGACUACGAGAACGGAUUUUCCAUCGUACCAGGGGGUUGGGGAAACAACUGGGGUCCCCAGGGUGCCCACGAUUACGCGUACUUUGAGUCAGGCUUUGCGACAGGCAGCCGACAGCUCCCUGGUCGACAGCAGGACAGCAGCCUCCAACCCCACCACCGCACCAAGAGGCAUCGGAAGAUCACAGGCCCCACCAGAGACCAGAAGAUCCAGAUCUUCUUCAAUAUCACAGCAAGCAUCCCACUGCCCCUGUCGAGGAACGACUCAAUCGAGGUGGCCAAUCAGAAAAGGCUCCUGCGCACCCUGGAACAGCUCACCAAUCGGCUGAGGCGGACGCUGUCCAAGCAGCCGCUGUCCAGUUUCCAUCUAUCGUCUGAAAUGAUCGUUGCUGAUCCGAAAUCACUGGAGAGCAAGAGGGCCUCUCUGUUCUGCAGACCGGGUUCAGUACUCAAAGGCAGAAUGUGUGUCCAGUGUCCAGUGGGAACCUACUUUUCUCUGGAGUACAAUGACUGUGAAAGCUGCUGGCUGGGCUCGUACCAGGACCAGGAAGGUCAGCUGGAGUGUAAGUCCUGCCCUGAGGGAACCUCCACCGCCUACCUGCACUCCCGCAGCGUGGUCGAAUGUAAAGGCCAGUGUAAGCCUGGUAGUCAUUCACUCAAUGGGCUGGAGAUCUGCGAGUCAUGCCCGCUGGGACACUUCCAGCCACGGUUCGGUGCAAGAGAGUGUCGGCCCUGUCCCGAUGACACCUCCACAGUCACCAGAGGAGCUGUGGACGACACGGAGUGUGGAGUCCCUUGCUCAGCAGGUCAUUUCUCCCGGACUGGUCUGGUUCCUUGUUACCCCUGUCCCAGAGACUACUACCAGCCAGAGCAUGGACGCUCCUACUGCCUCUCCUGCCCCUUCUAUGGUACCACCACUAUCACCGGGGCAACCACCAUCCAGCACUGCUCCAGUUUUGGCUCCAGUUUUCUUCCCAAGGAGGAGAGUGUGACAGCUGCUCCAGAGGUGGAGGUCAUCGAGGACUACCAGGCCAGCAGUCAGGUUUUUCAUGAGUGUUUCCUGAAUCCCUGUCAGAAUAAGGGCACGUGUGAGGAGGUUGGGGCUGGAUAUGUGUGCACCUGCAUGCCGGGCUUCACCGGUGCUAAAUGUGAGGUUGACAUAGAUGAGUGUGAUUCCGCUCCGUGUCAGAAUGGAGGCCUGUGUAACGAUGGAAUGGGAGAGUUCCAGUGUCAAUGCAAACCUGGAUUUUUAGGUUCACUGUGUGAGGCUGAGGUGAAUGAGUGUAUGUCCUCUCCCUGCCUGAACGAUGGCAUAUGUGUGGAUGAGGUCAACAGGUUUUCCUGCAGUUGUGUUGGCGGCUUCACAGGAUCUCGCUGUGAGCUGGAAAUAAAUGAGUGCCUGUCAAACCCUUGUCUGAAUGGGGGUGUGUGCGAGGACUUGACAGGAGGCUACACCUGCAACUGUCCAGCCGGCUUCUCAGGUGACAGCUGUGAGGUCAACGUCGACGAAUGUUACAGCGCCCCCUGUCUGAACGGAGGCUCAUGUCUGGACGCUGUUAACAACUUUAGGUGUCAGUGUGUGGAGGGCUACAGGGGUCGGCUGUGUGAGGUGGACGUGGAUGAGUGCGAUCCCAACCCCUGUGUGAACGGGGCCAGCUGCCUGGACGGCCUCGGCUCCUACACCUGCCGCUGCCUCCCUGGGUUCAACGGAACCAGGUGUGAGACAGAGAUGUCAUCAGCUUUCAACCUUGACUUUGAGGUGUCUGGUAUCCAUGGUUACGUGAUGAUGGACGGGGUGAUGCCAGCACUGACGGAGAUAACCUGCACAUUCUGGAUGAAAUCCUCUGACACCACCAACUAUGGCACUCCCAUCUCGUACGCUGUGGAGGGCAGCGACAACGCCUUCCUGCUCAUCGACUACAAUGGGUGGGUUCUGUAUGUGAACGGAAAGGAACGCAUCACAGACUGUCCUGCAGUAAACACCGGUCAGUGGUACCACAUUGGCGUGUCAUGGAGGAGCUGGGACGGGGACUGGAGGAUCUACAUCAACGGGAAGCCCUCAGAUGGAGGCAAAGGCCUGUCAGUGGGCACCACUGUCCCAGGUGGCGGGGCUUUGGUAUUAGGUCAGGACCAGGACCAGAGGGGGGAGGGUUUUAACCCUGUUGAAUCCUUUGUUGGAUCCAUUAGCCAGCUCAACAUCUGGGACAGAGUCCUCACACCGCAGCAGAUUAAAGUCCUGUCCAGCAGCUGUCCUGCCUCUCAUGUGACUCACCGAGGGAACGUCCUGGCGUGGCCCGACUUCCUCAAUGGAGUCGUGGGAAGAGUUAAAGUGAACCUCAACAGCAUUUUCUGCGCUGAUUGUCCCCAGCUGGAGAAUGCCGUUCCUCACCUCCACGCGUCCACAGUGGAGGUGAGUCCUGGAGCUCAGGUCCAGCUGUCAUGUGAUCCCGGUUUCUACCUGGUGGGGGAGCCGGUGCUGCAGUGUCAGAAUAAAGGAGAAUGGAGCCAUCCACUACCCAGCUGCCAACGAGUGUCCUGUGGGCCUCCUCGUCCUCUGGAGAACGGUUUGUUUCAAGGAACAGACUUUGACGCCGGCAGCUCUGUGGUGUAUCAGUGCAACGCUGGCUUCUACCUGCUUGGAGACGCCAAGCUGCACUGCACCAACAGCGGCAAGUGGGGAGGAAACCCACCAGCAUGUUUAGAUGUGGAUGAGUGUGCUCUGGGCUCUGACUGUGAUGACCACGCCAGCUGUCAGAACACAGAGGGCUCCUACACCUGUACAUGUGUCCACCCGUACAGUGGAGACGGGAAGAACUGCACAGAACCGGUCAAGUGUGAGAACCCUGGAGCUCCAGAGUUCGGUCACAGAGACGGCAGUAACUUCCUGAUGGGCAGCGAGGUGUCAUUCGGCUGCGAGGAUGGCUACGAGCUGAUUGGCUCGUCUCGUCUGCAGUGUCUGGAGACAGGAAGCUGGGACAGUCUUCCCCCGUACUGCAGAGCUCUGUCCUGCCCAAUGCCGUCUACCCCAGAGAACUCUAUCAUGAAGGGAACAAACUUCACCUAUGGAAGCAAGGUGACGUUCAGCUGUAUGAAAGGCUUCCUUCCUGAGAUUCCCUAUGAGUUCCAGUGUCUCUCUAGUUUGAGGUGGAGCGGUACACCACCUGUGUGUCAUCCAGUGACCUGUGGCUCACCACCAACUGUGGCCAACGCCGACUCCAUCCUCAACACAAACACAUACAUGUCAGUUGUCACAUACACCUGUGCUGAGGGAUACAGACCACAGGGCUCCAUGGAGGUGGUUUGUGAAGCGACAGGAGAAUGGAGCAGGCCCCUCCCUCGCUGUGUGAGCGUCCUGUGCAGUGAGCCCCCAGCCCUAAGAGAUGCAGUGACCGUAGGAGAGAACUAUGAACUGGGAAACAAGGUGCACUAUGUCUGCAAAGAAGGCUACACCCUGAUUGGUCCAGAGACCAGAGAGUGUCUGCCAACUGGCCAAUGGAGUGAGAGCUCGGCCCAGUGUGUCCCCCGCUCCUGUGGACCCCCUCCUGCCAUUGACCAUGCUGAGCCCUACGAGAGUCACCAGCUGUUCGGAGACACUGCAAACUACUACUGUACUGAUGGAUACACCGCCAGUAACAACUCCAAGAUGGUGUGUAACGCUCAGGGAGUAUGGGCCCCUCCUGACAGAAUGGAUGUUCCUCGUUGCAUUGCAAAUUUCUGCCUGCGUCCACCCGACCUCCCCCACGCCAUUUUAGAUUCAGUCAACAAACCUAAAUACGCCAGCAACACUGAAGUGAGCUACAAAUGUGAGGAGGGCUUUAUGCUCAAUACCACAGCGACACUGAGGUGCCUGAUGGGAGGAGAAUGGGAGCCUUCACCAUAUGAUAUUGGCUGUGUGCCAGUCAGGUGCUCCAAGCCCAAAAGCAUUGAUCGGGGUUAUGUGAUUGGUACAAACUACAGUUUUGGAGCGAUGGUUGCAUAUAGCUGUGAUAAAGGCUUCCUGAUCAGAGGGGAGAAGAGGAGAACUUGCAAGGCCAAUGGAGAGUGGGGGGGAGUCCUUCCCACCUGUGUACCUGUAUCCUGUUCUUCACCUCCUCCACUGAAAAAUGGAUACAUCCAGGUCCAGGCAGGUAGAGGGCGAUUUACGUUCAACAACAAGGUGACAUAUGCCUGUAAUGCAGGCUACAGACUCAUAGGUCGUCCAGAUCGAGUUUGUCAAGCAAACCGUCAGUGGUCCAACAGCGAUCCUCCUACCUGUGUCCUUUUAACCUGUGACCCCCCUCCAGACAUUGUCCAUGGACACUACAGGGGUUCAGAGUUCCAUGUGGGCCGAAAAGUGGAGUAUGUUUGUGAUGAGGGUUACGAACUUGCUGGGGAUGCUGUCUGGACCUGCCUGAAAUACGGAAGGUGGGAUAAGACAAAGCGCCCUCGAUGUUCACCAGUGCAGUGUCCAGAGCCGCCACUGGAAGAGAACCACCUGGUUUUAAAGGGUCUAGACGCUGAAUCUGGAAUAGUGGAAUUAUCAUGCGAGGAUGGUUAUGUUCUGGAAGGAGCCCGGGUUCUCCGAUGUACCCCUUCUCAAGAGUGGAAUGACACUUUUCCUGUAUGUAAGCAGGUUUUUUGUGGCCCAUUGCCUGAGGUAUCAUUUGGUGGGCCUGCCUCAUCUUCUUCCUCUACCCCAUUCUCCUUUGGUUCAGUGGCGAUCUACACUUGCAUGAACGGCUUCACAUUAAGAAAAGAAGGCUCAGUGUCCUGUCAAGCCAGUGGGCAAUGGAGUAUUCCUUACCCAGAGUGUAUUCCAGUUGAAUGCCCCCAGCCUGUUGACAUUACUAAUGGUAUUGUUGAUGUCCAGGGUCUGAUGUACCUCAGUAAGGCAAUGUACAGUUGUAAGACUGGAUAUAAUUUAGUGGGUAACUCCACUGUGCUCUGUGGGGACAACGGACUUUGGAUUGGUGGGGUGCCUUCUUGUCGUCCAAUUGAAUGUUCAAUCCCUAAACAGAUAGUCAAUGGAAAAGCUGUUUACACAAAACUCCAAUAUGGCCACAGUGCCAUCUACUCUUGCCGACGUGGGUAUCGUCUUCAAGGUCCAGAGACUCUGAAAUGCCUUGCCACUGGGGAGUGGGAUGUUGAACCACCUACCUGCGUGCAAAUAUCCUGCACUCCACCCCAACCCAUUGAAAGUGGUUUUGUAGAGGGCCAGGAUCACAGUUUUGGUGUCACUAUCUUCUAUAGCUGUUUCCCUGGUUUCCAACUUGUUGGCCAGGACCAUCUGACAUGUGAAGAGUUUGGAUGGUCCAGUUCCGUACCUGUCUGCGUGCCCUCGGACUGUGGUCUGCCUCCUCACAUUGACUUUGGGGAAUAUGUUAGGGUCUCAGAACAAAGAGGAGGCUCUAGUUCUUCAGAACACACUGGAACUUCACCAAUGGACUUGAGCUUCCUUCAUGGGACACUUAUUGAAUAUCGUUGCCAAAAAGGUUAUGAACUAACAAGCCCAACUCGGUUAGUGUGUCAGGAGGAUGGAGGCUGGAAUGGUACUGCCCCAUCUUGUGUACCUGCAGAGUGUGACACCCCACCUAAUCCAGUGAAUGGUUGGGUGAAUGUAACUGAUACUUGCCUUGGCAGUACAGUAAAGUACACCUGUGAGGAUGGAUACAAGUUGGAGGGAACUCCUGUUCGGCAAUGUGUAUCUGGGCGAAUUUGGACUGAUGAGGCCCCAGUUUGCCAGCCAGUUUCCUGUGGUGAUCCAGGACCUAUCCGUAAUGGCACAGCUCAUGGAGGUGCCUUUGUGUAUCCCGAGGUUGUCCACUAUGAGUGUAGUCCUGGGUUUGUACUCCAGGGUACUGACACACUUGCCUGUCAAGCAGAUGGAAAGUGGAACGGGCAGAAGCCUUGGUGUGAACCAAUCUCUUGCGGUCCACCUGAAGUCCCAAAAGAUGUUGCUUUUAAUGGAGAUGAGUUCACAUAUAAUUCAGAACUAGAACUGAGCUGUCCACCUGGGUUUCUCUUAAAAGGAAAAUCAAUCAGUGUUUGUCAGGCUGAUGGCACCUGGAGCCAUGAGGGUCCUACCUGUGUACUCACCCAGUGUGAGAAACCCUCAUCAAUACCCAAUGGACAAGUGCUAGGCUCAGAAUUUGGCUUUAAUAGUAAAGUUAAGUAUGAAUGUGAUGAAGGAUACACUCUUAAUGGAGACUCAACACGCAUUUGUCAAUCAAAUGGACUUUGGGACAAACCAGUUCCUCGCUGUGACAUCAUCAGUUGCGACCCACCUGAGGAUAUCAGCCAUGGCUUCCUAAACGGAUCCAGCUUCAACUACGAUGACAUAGUGGAGUAUGUAUGCUUCGAUGGUUAUGUGGUUGUCGGGGAUCCCACCCUGCGAUGUUCUGCGCAGGGUGUGUGGGUGGGCACUGUGCCUCAGUGUCAGCCCUGCAUCUGUGCUCUCCCUGUUGUCAAAUUUGGAGUGGUUCUGGGUCGUGAUCGAGCCUGUGGAGACCGGGUGCAUUUUCAGUGUGAUGAAGGCUACAAGCUGCUUGGUCCUUCACAGGCAGUGUGUGAGAAGGGAGGGGUGUGGAGCCCUGGGGUGCCUGUCUGUGGCCGAGGGAGGUGCAGCGUUGCCCCACCAACGGUACCCAAUGCUGUCCUGCAGGGCAGUGGUAACUUCCCAGACACAGUAAUGUACAAGUGUAGGCCUGGGUACCAGCCCAAAGGGUACCCACACCUGUCCUGUGGUCGAGACGGCCGGUGGGGGGAUCCCAGGAUCAGCUGUGAGCCUUUGAGCUGUGGAAAACCUCCAGCUGUAGCCCAUGCUCAGGUGAUGGGAGAUGACUUCACCUUCCCAAACCGGGUCACAUACAGGUGUGAGGAUGGUUAUGAGCUUGCUACACAGACGGCGUCUACAAUAUGCCAGAGUGACGGAACCUGGUCCAAACACAGCAUUCGGUGUCGGCCCACUCCAUGCACGCUGCCAGCCAACUUCUCCAUCCCACAUCUGACAAUCACUGGGAAAGAGCUGACCCCCGUAGGAGCCACCAUCACCCUCUCCUGUCCAACUGGAUUUAACCUUCAGGGGUCAGCACUGGCUGAGUGUCAGGUGGGUGGAGGCUGGGCUCCGAGCAUCUCCUCAGUUUCCUGUGAACUGGUGGUUUGCGAGAAGCCUCCUCCUCUUCUUCACGGCAUCAUUGAAGGAGACAGCUACAACUAUGGAGACUUUGUCAUGUACUCCUGUCUUCCUGGCUUUGACUUGAAGGGAGACUCUAUUCAGACCUGCCGUGGAGACAGAACAUGGAGUGGCACCCAGCCUGUGUGUGUUGUGGCCAGGGGCUGCGACGGUCUGAAGCAGAUUCCUCACGGUAAAGUGCAGGAACUCAACCUGAACACAGGGCGUGCACUGGAAUUUCAGUGUGACAAAGGCUACAGGCUGGUGGGCGACCCUUUAGUGGUGUGUAUGGGCGGGAGCACCUGGAGCUCCACAUUCCCCUCCUGCCAACCCAAGUCGUGCCCGGCGCCUCCAGGCUGGAUGGAGUCCAGCAGUGAGACCAGGUCCCAGCAGGAUUUCCAUGUGGGCCAGUCAGUCCGAGUCACCUGCCCUAAAGGUCAGCAGGUCAAAGGUAGUGGUACCAUCACCUGCAGACCAGACCAGACCUGGAGCCCCAUCAGCGCUGUGUGUGAGAGGGUGUCCUGUGGCCCUCCCCUCCACGUGGCCAAUGGGGUGGUACGGGGGGCGGUCUUCCAGUUUGGGGACGUGGCGGUGUACUCGUGUUUUGGCGGCUAUGCCAUGGAGGGCGUCGGAAGGAGCAGGUGUCUGGAGAACGGCACCUGGACGCCGCCGCCCACGUGCAGAGCGGUGUGUUGGCUGCACUGUCAAAAUGGAGGGGUGUGUCAGAGACCCAACACCUGCUCCUGCCCUGAAGGCUGGAUGGGCCGACUCUGUGAGGAGCCCAUCUGCAUCCUGCCGUGCCUCAACGGAGGCCGUUGCGUGGCCCCCUACCAGUGCGAGUGUCCCACCGGGUGGACGGGCACGCGCUGUCACACUGCUGUGUGUUCGACUCCGUGUCUGAACGGAGGCAGAUGCAUCAGGCCAAACCGGUGUCACUGCAGCGCAGGGUGGAGUGGACACGACUGUUCCAGGAAAAGAAAAUCAGGCUACUAUCACUUCUAAGGUCCUCCACUCAGCUCUAUGUGAACCGUCUUACCGAGGGACUCCUUGUAUAGUCAGUGGACACUCCUGUAAAACAUUCAUUCUCAUCUCUGCAAAAACAAAGCAAGAACCAUUUUGUAAAAUAAAGCUGUAUUUUUUCAUAUAGAGAAUCAACAGUAUUAAACAUAUGCUGCUAUAUACUUGUACGAUGUGUAAAAACUAUUGAUGUGAUUGUUCAAUGUAUAUGUGUAAACUAUUCUCACAUUUUUAUUAAAGCAUAAAAUACCA